AUGAGAGACGCAGGAUCGAAGCCGGACAGGCACGAAAAAGUGGAAAGUGAUUUUGGAUCUGUGCUUGCCGUUCCAGGAGUUGACUUGGAGGAGGAUGAAGAUGCUAUGUUCAGCGAAGUGGCCAAGCUGUGGGCCGGACACACGUCUGGACAUGCACCCGUGCUCGGAUCGAGUCGACCUUCGACCAGUUUCCCGGCCUCGUCCGGUCAUCCCGCCGGUAUCGCAGGCGAUCCAGUCGCAGGAUGGUCGCACGGGUUUGGCCCGCACGGACGUGGGUCGCACGGUCGUGGAUCGCACGGUCGUGGGUCGCACGGCCGUGGGUCGCACGGGCACCAUCAGAGGGGACACGGGCGGCAGAUGUUCGACGCGCUUGGGGAGAUGGCAGGGAUCGGCGCGGGGAGCGGGUCCCCUGUGAAGCCUCGUGGGUGGACUAAGACUUCUCACCCCCUUGAUAAUGAUUCUGCGCAUGCGGAUGCUGAUGCGGAUGCUGCUGCUGCUGCUGCUGCUGCUGACAGUAAGGUUGAUGCUGGUGGCGAUCCUGCUGGCCGGCACCACCAUAAAAGCAAGGCGCACGAAGGCGGGAAGUCCGGAGUUCCCUUUGCUGCUGCUGCUUUGCGUUCGGGCGGCGCUGGUAGCAUGGCUGAUGCUGCUGUAGCUGCUACUGCGGGCGGCACUGCUGCUGGCGGUAGUGGCAGCGUUGCUAGUGCUGCUGAUGCGGCCGCGGAUGGUUCAGAAGGCGGGGUUGGGGUUGUAGGCAAGGAGGGGGAAGGGUUCAGGGAGAGGCGGGGGGAGGGGGAAGAGGCGGAGAGAGCAGGGGCGGAGAGGGCUGGAAGAGGGGGGAAAAGGGCGGAGCGGAUGGGGGAUGCGCGCGGUGAUGGGGAGAAGGGGCAGCUGUCGGCGCUGCUGGCGAGCGGAGGGCUUUGGGGAGCGGAGGAGGAGGAGGACGACGAAGAGGAGGUGGGAGCGGGGGAGGGGGGGAGUGAAGGAGCGAGAGCAAGGCGAAGAGCAGGCGUUGGAGCGACGGCAGGUGAUGGUGGGGAGGGGAGUGGAGGAAUGGGAGAGGGUGGGGAUGGGGAAGGGGGAGGGCAGGACGGGGGGGAAGGAUGGGCGGGGAAGAGGAGAAGACACGAGUGGGAGCAGGACGAAACGAAUGGCGGACGACACGAGGGGGGAUAUCGUGGGCGAGGGGGUAGGGGCGGCGGCAGGGGCGGGCGGGACGACUGGCGCGGGAGGGGAAGAGGCGGAGGGGGAGGCGGAGGCGGAGGAGGGGGGCAUAGGCGGCGCAUGGAAGCGGGUCCCUCGCGUGUGUCCGUGCCCUGCAAGUUCUACCUGGGUGGGCGCUGCAGCAAGGGCGCGUCCUGCCCCUUCCCCCACACAGGCGUUCCGCGGACCAAGAACGAGCCGUGCAAGUUCCAUGUAACGAAUUCGUGCCUUAAGGGGGAUGACUGCCCCUUUUCUCACGACUUGGCGCGCUUCCCCUGCAAGUAUUUCCACGUGGGCACGGGGUGCUUGGACGGGGAGAGAUGCAGGUUUUCCCAUGGGAAUGCGGAGGAGAGGGAGUUGGUCCGGUUGAGAGAGAUUUGGCAGAGGGACAGGCCGUGGGGAGCAGCGGGGGACAGGCAGGGGUUCAGAGAGGUGGAGAGGGGGAAAGAGGGGGUUAGGGAUGGGGUUGGGGGAGGGGGGGGGAGAAGGAUGGCUGGUGCUGGUGGCAGUGUGGGAGGUGGCGGCGUUAGUGGUGCCAGUGGUGCUGGUGCUGUUGGUGGUGCUGCUGUUGGUGGUGGUGCUGCUGCUGCUCCUGUCGGUGGUGGGGGAGGGAGGGGAACGUGGGUGGUUAAGGUUGAGGGCAGUUCGGACAGGGGGGAGAGGACGGGCGGGAUGGGCUCAGAUGGGCGGAAGGCGGGGGGCAUGGGGGGAGAUGCGCGGAAGGAUGGGGACUUGGGCCAAGAUGGGCGGAAGGAAGGGGGCAUGAGUGGAGGCGGGUGGAAAGAAGGCGAGAAGAGCGCGGGUCAGUGGGGUGGCGAGGGGAGAGGGAAGGAGGGCGGAUUGGGUGCUGUGUUGGGCAGCAGGGCGAGUGAGGAGGAGCAGGAGGAGGACGAUGAGGAGGAAGGCAGUGCCCCGGAUCCCUACGGUGCUGCUGGGUCAGGGCCAGGCGCCCACCUGUAUGGGGCUCAUGGGGGCGACACACACCCAUACCGGGCUCAUGGGGGCGACACACACCCAUAUGGGGCUCAUGGGGGCGACACACACCCAUACCGGGCUCAUGGGGGCGACACACACCCAUAUGGGGCUCAUGGGGGCGACACACACCCAUACCGGGCUCAUGGGGGCGACACACACCCAUAUGGGGCUCAUGGGGGCGACACACACCCAUACCGGGCUCAUGUGGGCAGCACAGACCCAUAUGGGGCAAGCGGGGGUGAUGCAGACCCGUAUGGUGCUGGUGGGGGAGGGCCAGGGCCAGGCACAGCAUCAGUGCAUGACUUUCUGGCACGGGCAGCAGAGUUUUUUGCCGAUGGGGGAACAGGCGGAGAGGGGGAUACACCGAUGUAUGGCAGUAUGGAGUAUAUAGGAGAGGCAGGUGGGGGGGGUGGGCCACGAUAUGCGCCUGACUAUGCAGCAGAUGGGGAGAGAGCUUCGUAUGCACCUGAUUAUGCUGGAGAUGGGGAGAGAGCAGGAGAUGGGGCGAGGGUUACAUAUGCGCCUGAUUACGCUGGAGAUGGGGAGAGAGCAGGAGAUGGUGCGAGGGUCCCAUAUGCGCCUGAUUAUGCUGGAGGGGCGAGUGUACCCAGAUACAGCAGCACAGGGUAUGUGGGUGAAGCAGGGGGAGAUAAGGCAGGGCACAAUUCUUACACGUGGGAACAUGGGAACGAAGGGGAGGGAGACGAAGAGGAGGAGGAAGGGGAGCAGCAGGGGCGCACUGUGGGGAUGGUUGAAGUGGGGCUGGCUUCACAGGGAGUGGAUACACAGGUUGAUCGUUCGGUUGGGGAGCUUGAGAAGCGGCCAACAGGAAUGAUAGAGCCGUUGGCUUAUAGGAAGAAUGGAGCUGUCAGUAGCGAGGAUGUUGAUUCUGAGAGGACGGGUCGAGUGAGAGCGAAUGUUGCUUCGCUUUUGAGCCAAGUGCUAGAUAGUUAG